ACACUCUAGCAAAGCCACAGUUCGGUGGUCACGUGACCAGUCAGCUGAUCUUCAGCACAUCCGCCUGACCAGCUUCUGUUUACAAAUCGGCAGAGAGUCCAACAGCAGAAUGAGGAUUCUGCCAUGAUCUUGACAGAAACAUCCCUUUGCUUCUUCUGAGUCUUGACUGAGAAGAAUCACAAGGCUCCCACAGUUCAUCUGGGUCACGGUCAUGCAGCACCUCAAUUUUGAGACCUGUCACCCACUCCAGACUGACGAGCAGCAGGAGACGGGCUUUGAUCCGCUCCACGCGUUCAACAAGAACUGCAGCAGAGGAUCUCUUGACAGCAGCACUUCCUCACAGUCUCAGUCAACUUUCCUCUCUUACAAGAAAGAAUGGAAUGACUUGUUCCUCCACAGUAAUUACCUGGCCAGGAUCCGGCAGGCCGGCAUCAGUGGCCGACUGAGGAGCAGCCGCUUUCGGAGCGUCUGCUGGAAGUUGUACCUUGAGGUUCUUCCAGAAGAUAAGGGGCAGUGGAUCAACAAGACCAAUGAGCUUCGGGCGCAGUAUGAGAAGAUCAAAGAGAUGCACAUCACUAAUCCCCGGAAGGCUGCCGGCCAGCAGGAUCUGGUGGUCAACAAUCCUCUGUCCCAGGAUGAGGGGAGUCUGUGGAACAAGUUCUUCCAGGAUAAAGAGCUGAAGGGGAUGAUCAAGCAGGACGUGUUUAGAACAUUCCCUGAGAUCCGAUACUUCCAGGACGAUGAUGUCAGGACCAAACUGACAGAUAUUCUCUUCUGCUAUGCCAGAGAAAACGAGCAGUUACUGUAUAAACAGGGCAUGCACGAGCUGCUGGCCCCCAUAGUAUUUGUAUUACACUGUGACCAUCAAACCUUCCAGCACGCCAGUGAGACCGCCAGCCCCAGUGAGGAGAUGAAAUGCCUGUUAAACCCAAUGUACCUUGAGCAUGAUGCCUACGCCAUGUUUUCCCACCUGAUGGAGACGGCAGAGCCAUGGUUCUCCAGCUUUGAGAGGGAAGUGAGAAAGGGUAAGGAAGAAAUGCUGUCCAGCAUCCCGUUCGCUCGGCCCCAAGACGCUGGACCUUCUGUCGCCAUAGUGACCAAAGUUAACCGCAUCCAGGACCAGCUGGUGAAAAAGCACGACACAGAGCUGCACAUGCACCUCAACCGAUUGGAGAUCGCCCCACAGAUUUAUGGCAUUCGGUGGGUUCGUCUGCUGUUCGGUCGAGAGUUUCCACUUCAGGAUCUUCUGGUGGUGUGGGAUGCUUUGUUUGCCGAUAGCAUAACUCUGGAUCUGGUGGACUACGUCUUUGUGGCCAUGCUGCUCUACAUACGAAACGCUUUAACUGCUAAUAACUUCCAGACCUGCUUGGGGCUUCUGAUGCACUACCCUCCAGUAGAAGACAUUAACGCGUUGCUGCAAAAGGCACUUUUCCUCAGAGAUCCCAAAAACAAUCAGCGGCCGGUGAACUACCAGUUCCAGCAGAACCUGGACUACUACAAAACAAGAGGCUCUGAUCUGAUGAACAAAACCAGAUCAAGUUCCAGUGCAAAAGCUCCUCUCAACAUCAACAAGGUGUCCAGCAGCCUGCUGAACUUAGGCAGGAAGCUCAUCUCUCCAGCCAUGUCCACGGGCAUCUCCCCCAUCAACAGCGAGGUCCACUCCUCAUCCUCCUCCUCUGUGUCGCCUGCGUCGGCGCUCCCGCCGGCGCUCCCCCACCCUCUGGCCGAGCCACCCGCCCUGACGCCGACACAGAGCGCGCCCCAGGGUCAGAACUACCGCCUGCUCAAGUCGGAAAGCAUGCCGGUGCACCUCAGCAAAGAUGGAGUUUCAGGUGGAGUGUCUCAGGGCUCUCUCCCCGCACAAGCUUACUCUGACACGCAAGGCCAAAAUCCGAUGGCGAUAAGCUCCUCCCCCAGCAUAGAAAGUCUCUCUGGUGGGCGUGGUCAAUCUACCGCCUCCCCUCCAUUACCUCCGUCCAGAGGGAGUGAUGUCAGCACCUCGUCUCCCCCGCUUUCCGCCACCAAGAAGGAUUCUUUCUUCAACAUCACUCGCUCCCGCUCCCACAGCAAAACCAUGGGCAGGAAGGAGACGCAGGACGAGGACUUUGAAGCCCAAAUAUCGUUUCUUCAAGGCCAAAUUAAUGAUCUCGAAGCCAUGAGCAAGUACUGUGCCAAGAUGAUGAAUUCACACAUCUGUAAAAUCCAGGAGGUCAUCCUUCAAGAACACCUGCAGAGAGAGGAUGAAGUCCUGGUUUCACUGGCUGGACUCAAGCAGAUCAAAGACAUCCUGAAGGGGGCGCUGCGCUUCAACCAGAGCCAGCUGGAGGCUGAGGAGAACGACGAGAUCACCAUCGCUGACGACCACUAUACGUCUACCGCAGCAGCGGCAGAAACUGCUCUGAACACUAUCAACUAUCACAGCCAGCAGCAGCAGCAGGGAGGCGACGAGGGGGGGAGCCCAAACUCCCUCCUGGAUCAGGGCGUAGGCGCGGAGGAGCCAACCCCGCCGGAACAGCAGGUGGCUCAGGAGGGUAAGAACUGGGACGACUACAUCCUGGUGUCUCAGGAUGGAGAUCUGCAGGCGGAAGGCGGAGGGAAGGCUGCAUCCGAACGCUCUCCUUCCAUCAGGCGAGAGCGCGGUACGGUGCGGAUAGAGCCCGAGGGGGCGUCCGGGACUUUUCACGACCCCCUGAUGGCGGGCACCACCUCCGGGUCCUCCAGCCCGGACGAGGGCUCCACCCACAGCAAGGACUCCGACUUCAGCAUAGUCAACCCCAACGACCUGUGAGGAGUGAGAGCGCCCGUGGCGUUGGAUCCUGUCACGGAGGUUUGGGUGGAGCUCCUCCAAAACUGUCAGCCUUUAAAGAUUGCACAUACGGACUGUGACGCGUGGUCACAAAAACCUACUGUCUUUAACUGUGUCACUUCAGUCCUGUUUGAGCUGAUGCUGUAUGCUUUCUCAUCUAUGUAAUGCCUGCCUCAUCCUAAUGCCGGGACUCGCCGGCAUCCUUUAACCCGACAUGUCUGCCGUAGUUCCCUGCUCUGCAGACAGAUGCCACCACUGCGAGUUUGCUUCAGGGAAGGCCUCUUACUGUAGGGAUCUGGAAUGUGAUCGGAAGUGUGGAGAUCUUUCUUCUUCAUUUAUUAAAGAGCCAUCGUGUCCGGCUGUCACCUUCAGCGUCCUUCAAAACCAGUGCCUCUAAGUCAACAAACCCCGAAUUCUGUGAUCUUAUUUCUGUUAGCGGUUUCAUUUUAAGAGAAUCAUGUUUUUAACUUCUAUGACCUUAAUUAACCAGACAGGAACGAUUAAACUGAGGAGUAACUGUUUUAGUUUGUGGACAUUUUAAUGUGAUCAUUUCCUCCUCACCUUGAACGGAAGUUGUCAUUUUCGUGGAAACUGAUGCGAGGCGGUGCUCAACGAAUGUUCUUCUAGCUGUUCAUUUAGCUUAAAUAAUCCUAGAUCAAUAAAACUUCAUUGCUCCUGAUA